AGGUAGAAGAAGAAAAGGGGGCGGGGCCAUUGUGGAUUGUGAUGGUGCUGUGUGUUGUAAGCGUUGUUAGCAGUAGCUAGCACUGCUGCUGGAUAUGUUUAAUGAGGUUCACGGUCCGCUUUAAUAAUUAGUAGCAGAGUCUGAAAUGUUAAGCGUGGAGUCGUUGCAGGUGGCCGAGGAGGAGGUGGUCGAGUCCAGCUCCAACAAACUCGGUGACAUUUACACGUUUGUGGCUAAAGGAUGUUUCCCUCAGACGAUGAACCCUUUACGAAAAAAGAACCUCAAAAGAUACGCCCAGAAAUUUAUCAUAGACGAGGGAAAGCUGUUCUAUGUGGGACCCAAGAAAGAAGAGAAGAGGGAGGUGGUGAUUGAGGCGGAGAGGAAGAGGCAGAUUUUUCUUGACUGUCACUUCGACGACAUCGGCCAUCACCUGGGCCAAAAGAAAACCGUCCACAGGAUCCAGAGCAAAUACUACUGGCUGGGGAUCAUCAAGGACGUCGUGGACUGGAUUAAAGUAUGUGAGACGUGCCAGCACACUGAGAGGAGUAAAAACCUGGCAAGGACCGUGCGACCCAUAAAAGUGGACGCUCCUUGGGAUAUUGUUGGGAUUGACAUCAUAGGGCCUUUCCCAGAGACAGAACUAGGCAACAAAAAUGUGAUUGUUGUCAUCGAUUACUUCACUAAGUGGCCAGAAGCUUUUCCAGUGCAGAAGACAGAUGCCCUGUCAGUUGCAAGGUGCAUCUCUAAAUGCAUAUACAGGUUUGGGGCCCCCAAAACAAUAGUGUGCACACAGAAUUCAGACUUCUGUGACGAGGUGACGAAGCUGCUGUGUGAAAGGUGGAGCAUCGUGCAGAAGGUUUCCCCUCUGGGCCAGCCUCAAACCAACCCGCUCCACGACUGCACGAGCCCGUUGCUGAAGGAAGCCGUAGCGCAGAUGGUAACCGAGAAGCAGACCGAAUGGGACGACUUUCUGGACCCUGUGCUGUUACUGUUCAGGACCUCCGCCAACCCCACCACCAAGUUCACCCCUUACUCUCUCAUGUUCAACAGGAUAGCCAAUUUACCAAACGAAACAACUCUGAGCCUGCUGAACUGUGACGAACCAGAGCAGGAGAAGGCCUCGACUUAUAUGAACAUCAUGCAGGAGCAGCAGAACUCUGUUAAGCAGCUGGUGAUAGCCAAUAUGAACGCCGCCUACAAACAGGAGAAGAAGAAGAACGCUAAACGCAGGGCACACAGCAUGCUGCCCAUGCCCUUUAAAAUUUCAGAUCCCUUAUUCGCUGCAGGUGACUCACCCUCCCCGAAAAAAGUGAAGGAGAGUUUGUAUUUGUCUUUUCCUGUUGAGACAGUGCUGGCCACAGAACAGAGCAGCUCAGAGGACAUAAAGGCGGAGUUAGGUUAUCACUUGGCUGAAUCGGACGUCCACUGAAGAGGACAUCUUGGACUCAAAGAACCAAAGGAUGAUUGCAUGUUGUCACGACGAUGACGUUCCUCAAUUUUCGGAUUGAAGACUGAAAAUCCAGAUGUUGUGAAAUGAGCGCAGUGAUAUUUUAACAUAUACACCAGUUGAAGGCGGUGUGGGCUGAUUGAACUGGUCAAAGACACUUUGGUGACACCUGGCCCAGAUGUUGCUGAGCUCUUUACCCCUGUUUCGCCACAGAAAAGAGUUGUUUCCCAUGAAAUGAAUGUUAACUUAUUGUUUUCACUUUGUCAUACAAUCGAUUUUUAAACUGCAAUACUUGAGAAUAAAAGUAUUGUUUCAUUUGUUUGGA